UCUCCACAGUUCAAGGGCGACGAGUGUUGAGCUCAAAGGCGGUGGCAGAAUGAGCGCCAGUGAUGCUGAAUGCAGCUUAGCGCAUCGCCAAUUCGACCCCAGCGCGUUCGCGCGUCAGAGCCAGCCUCUCGCCAAUGAUCCCAGUGCUCCAAAAAUUGUUUACGGCCAACCUCUUUUGAGCCCAGUUUCCUUGGCCAUCGCUGUACAAAGCAUCCCACGUUUCCGACGACCUCCCUUCCGACAGCGUUGCAGUCCCCGAUCGCGAGCUUCCGAAGCUUUUGUUUAAUGUUGCUUUGAUGGUUCAAUUGCCUUAACAAUUGAGCUGCUGCAGGUCAGCUCUAGAUCAAAAUAUAGGCGGGGAGCUCCCCUUCUCAACCUCUCGCGGCUGCGACAACACCGCCCGACCCGACAGAGAGCUUCGUUGAUCGCGCCGCUAGCUCAACAAACACGGCCAACUUUGCCACCAUGAACCCCGUCACACCUGUGCGCCAGAUCCCUGGCGCAUUCAUCAACACUCCUGCGCCGGGGCCGAAUACCGCCCGCAGGAGGCUCAACUUCAACGAGCCCGCAGGGGCGGGCACAAAUGGCACAACACUGGGGACUACACCAGGGCCGAUCGCGAGUACCAUGGGUUCUGGGCAGCAAGAAAUUGCUACCGGAAUGCUGCCACCGCCGCACCUGCGCGAGGACCUUCCCCCUGUCGCAAAGGCCGCCCAGGUCGUCAACCAAACCCUUCAACUCGACGAGAGCUACCCCGACAUUGAUUCUUAUUGCAGGCCCGGCGCGUCCUCCGACUAUGACAUCCAGUACACCGAGUCCCCCUGGGCUCCGUUCCACAAGGUGUCGACAUAUCCAAUCCCGGAUCAGGUGUUCUCGCGCCUGAACCAGGGCGCGGUUUCCACAAAGAUUGGCUUGUUUGCGAACAUUAACUACGCUUGGGCUUCGAUCGACGACUCCCUUUUCCUGUGGGACUACACACAUCCAGACCCGGAGCUUAUCGGCUAUGAGGAUGCCGCUCACACCAUCACUGCCGUUGCUCUGGUACCCCCAAAACCAGGCGUCUUUGUCGAGAGCAUCACCCACAUACUAGUCGUCGCGACGGCCACCGAGAUCAUUCUGCUCGGCGUGUCGGCUGUACCCUCCCCUUCAGGGUCCAAUACCGUCACGCUGUACCAGACAAAAAUGUCGGUCCAUCGAGGGAGCAGCGACGUCAGCCACAUCGUGGGCACGGCCUCGGGCCGCAUUUUCCUCGGCGGCGACUCCGACACGGAUAUCCAUGAGCUAUUUUACCAACAGGAGGAGAGGUGGUUUUCUAGCAGAUGUGGCAAGAUCAACCACACAUACCAAGGGUGGUCGACGGCCGUUCUGCCGUUCAGCCAGCGGCAACAAGAAUCCCUCACCGCCCUAGUCGUCGACGAUACACGGAACCUCCUCUAUUCGCUCUCUAACCGCUCCACCAUUCGCACCUACCACAUGGAAACGCCUGAGAAGCUCACGAGGGUCAUCGAGAAAGAUAAGACGAGCUGCCUGCGUGACUUUGCGCACAUGGCAGACAGCUCCCCCCUCUUCACUAACCGGACGAACAUCGUCUCCAUCAGUCCAAUCCCCGCCACCGAGGCCUCGAAACUGCAUCUCAUGGCCCUCACCGAUACCGGCUGCCGUCUCUUUCUCAGCGCCACUAGCUCCGCGUCGUACACCAUGGGAGGGUCAACUAGUCUCGCUCCGCAAAGCAUGCAGCUUCAGUUCGUCAAGUUCCCGCCAAAGGAGCCGGGCGUUCGUACUCGGACGAUGGCAAGCCAGUCGACCGAGGGGCAGUUAGACAAAACUUCGCGAGCUCUCGACCCCAGCGGCCUGGGUAUCCGGUUCGCGCCCGGCUACUUCUUCGAUGUUGUUCGGAAACAACCCAACUCGGAUGUUCUUUUCGUCUCCGCUCCCGAUACGGGGAAGAUCAAAGCCACCACUCCCGCCUCAGCACUUAAGUAUUAUGAGCAGGGAACCUGGGUGGAUCUGGAGCCCGGGAGCCGCAUCCUCGAGAUUGGUUCGACAACAGCUCCUUUUUCCGCCUCCAAGCAACCCCUCGGUUUCGGCAACGAACUUGCCGUUCAGUUCGACAGCACCCCAGGCGAGUUCGCCGUGCUCACUAACACUGGGGUACACGUCGUUCGCCGGAGGAGGCUGGUCGACAUCUUCGCCAACGCGAUUAGGACUUCCGCUGGCGAGGAGGGGCUCGAGAGAGAGGUGCGCAAGUUCCUCAUUCAAUACGGCCGCGUUGAAACGAUAUCGGCGGCCCUGGCUGUCGCAUGCGGACAGGGAAGCGACCUGCGAACCGCCACAGGCAGGGCAGCUGAUUCAAAGACUGAAAAUAUUGCCCGUAUGGCGUUCGUCGAGUACGGUGGUCAACCAAGACUCGCCGAGUCGGAUGGGAAGCAAUUAGUCUCCGAUUUUGUCAGGCUCUCCUCCCGCCACGAUGCCUUGGCUCUGUACGUUACCCGGCUCGUACGGACCCUGUGGAAGUUCAAAGUUAUUACGACAAAGGUGGAGGCGAAGGGCUCUCUGAUUGUCUCCUCGACCGUUCCAGCAACGAAACUCGUCAUGAUACAGGAGAACAUUGAGCGGCUGCGAAAUUUCCUCGAGGCGAACAAGAGCACAAUCCAGGGGCUUUCUGGCCCGUCCGAUCGGCUCUUCAACAGGCAGGAAGAGAUCGCCAACCAAAAGGAGCAUCAGGCUUUGCACGGUCUGCGAAAACUAAUGGAGAGCGUUUCGGAGGGUAUCUCCUUCGUCCUAAUGUUGUUUGACGAGCGGGUUUCGGACAUCUAUGCCCGCCUCGACCCUACGUCUCAACAGCAACUUCGGGACUUGACGUACGAGCACCUGUUUUCCCAAACCCCCGGCAAAGAACUCGCCAAGGUGCUAGUCAAGGCUAUUGUCAAUCGCAACAUUGCCAGCGGCGCCAACGUCGAGACUGUUGCCGACGCGCUUAGGAGACGAUGCGGCAGCUUCUGCUCGCCCGAUGACGUGGUCACCUUCAAGGCCCAGGAGCAACUACAACGCGCCAGCGAGCAAGUCCACAAUCCCAAUGUGCUUCGAACCCUCCUAGCCGAGAGCUUGAGGCUGUUUGAGCAGGUCGCAGGCAGCAUCACUCUGCCUAACCUUCGGAGUGCUGUCGAGCAGUACAUGCAACUCAACUAUUACGCCGGCGCCGUCCAGCUGUGUCUAGCCGUGGCCCAGCAAAAAGACCGUGGGAACACGGCACUGACGUGGGUUAACGAUGGCAAGCCCCCUAACGACUCCCGUAAAAAGAUGUUUGACGAGCGGAAGCUCUGCUACGCUUUGAUCCACGAAGUGCUCGACAAGCUCGAGGUUGCUUUUGCAGGCGAGCCUGAAGUGGUCGAUGGGCGGCCCACGCUCGCGGCCACGAAGCGGAUGGAGGCGUACACGGUUGUCAACGACUCGAGCGAUGAAGUCUUCCACUUCGACCUCUAUGAGUGGUACAUUGAGAAGAACUGGACCGACCGGCUCUUAUCUAUUGACUCCCCGCAUGUCAUUACAUACCUGCAGCGGCUGGCGGAGACAGAUUACCAGCAUGCUGAGCUCCUAUGCCGCUUCUACACGCAUCGCAGCCGCUUCUUCGAGGCCGCCCAGGUACAAGCGACUCUCGCGAAAUCGGAUCUGGACAUUGGCGUCAAAGACCGCAUCACGUUACUCAGUCGUGCCAAGGGCAAUGCCAGUGUUAACACCAUUGGCGUCAGCCGGCAGCAGCAGCAACUACUCAACCAUGAGGUCACUGAGCUCCUUGAGAUCGCCCAUAUCCAAGAUGAUCUGCUUGAGCGCUUGCAGGCAGAUUCGCGGGUCUCACAGGACAAGCUCCCCGACAUCCGGGAGGCGCUCGACGGGCCCAUCAAGAGCGUAACCGAGCUAUACAACGAAUACGCCGACCAAGCAGCCUACUUCGACCUCUGCCUGCUCAUCUACCACGCCGCCGACUACCACAACCCCCGCGUCAUCAUGGACACCUGGCUCCGCCUGAUCGAGCAAACCGCCUACCAAACCGAAGAGCGCCAGGAGUACUGGCGGCUCCUCCAAGCCGGACGACCCCUCCCCGAAGGCGCGCCGCCCCUCACAGGCGAACCACCCCUGCCCUACGAAUCCGUCUCGCAGCAGAUCCAGCUCAUCGCUCACCGCACGUCGCUCGACAGCCUGGUCUUCCCCGUCGACGCCCUGCUGCCCGAGGUCUGCAAGUUCGCCCUGGCGCACGGCCAGGACGCCUCCAUCGGCGCCGACCCCUGCUGGCCCGUGCUGCUGUUCCUCAACCUCGGCGUGCCCCACGCCCUCGUCGUCCAGGUGCUCGAGAACCUCUUCGACGCCCAGGAGGCCCCCUUCACCGGCCGCCGCCGCAAGGUCGUCGCCCAGUGGAUCGCCGUCUCCGUCGAGGCGUGGGUGCGCGAGGUCGAGAGGCGUGCUGCGGGCGCGCUGGGUGCGAACGCUAAUGGUGGGGGUGGGGAUGGGGUUAUUGGUGCGUGGGUGAGUGAGCUUCUGGUCAGGGCGGAUGAGUGUCUGGCGCAGAUUGCGCCGGCUGCGGCGGCUGCGGCGGGUGCGAGGACUGCUGCGGGGGCUGAGGCUGAGGAGGUGUUGGAGCUGAGGAGGGUGGUGAAGGCGUUGAAGAGGAGUGUGGAUGGGAUUUUGGGUGGCGAGGGCCUGCUUGGUGGGAGUUUGUUUCGGUGAGGCGGGAAAAGAAGGGGGUGGGGGAAGG